CCGGAAUGUAUUGCAAGGAUGACAUUAGUCUACAAUAUCGACCAGCUCGUUGUUAGUCGUCAGGGCAGCGCAUGCCUUCUAAGGAUAUAGAGAUGUCAGUCAGAGGCCGUAGCGCGGGAGAUCGACUGCUUGAUUCACUCGCUGAAAACUAUGAACAGCGGCUUGCACAAUUACAGAAUGUUAUUCAAGACCUUACAGACCGCCUCGAAACGUCUUCACAGGAGUCCGUGGCCAGCAGCGGUGGAGGCGGCACCGACAUGCCCCUUAGCCAAUGUUCCAGCAACGAAAAUUUAGCAACCGAACUUUCGCAAUUUAGCCCACCCCGGUUCGCGUCAAAUGAGGACCUCAGCGCAAGGCUGGACUCAACCUCAAAAGAAGACGCGAGUGGAGCACCAUCGAGCGAUGAAUCUGCUAAUAACGAAAAACAGAAAAAUAACGGUGCCAAUACGAUCACACGUGUACCUUCCUUUUGUGAUGAAGCUCAAUUACUUCUCGAGGCCGAACGUCUGCGAGCUCAGGUCGACAAUCUCUCCUGCCAAAAGCUCACCCUCGAAGCAAAUCUGGAAGAAAGUCAGAGCUACUGUGAGCAGCUUACCAUCCUUUUAGGCCGCUACAUCUCUAAUUAUCACCUUCUCAAGACGCUGCUGGAUGAAGAGCAGCGUUUGCUGGCGGCUACAGAGCAGCUCGUAGCUGUUGUUCGAUUGGAAAAGCAAGAAGUGAUGACUAAUGCGCGCCUAUCAGCUCCUUCGAGCCUUACAACGGCUUUACCAGCUCGUGAACGCCAACAAGUGGCCAAACUUAAAGCAGCCCUUGACAAGUUACAGGAAAAGAAACGCAGCAUGGCCAAUGAAGUUGCAAAGUUGGUUAAUGGCAAAAUCCCAAAGGAAAACGGACAGGUCUUCGAGGGUCGUUUCAAUGGCGUUAGUACUAGCAAUGGCACCAGUAUAGCUAAAAACUAUGGGAGAGCUGAUCCACGCGGGCCCAGCGGACUGCCAAGACUCUCCAGGGAACUAACCACCAAUCGGGCAAAGAUGGAAAGUCUUAGCGGCCACACGAAAGGGAAGGACAGGUCCGAUGAAUGCGGUCCGGCGCAACCUCAGAUAUCCUUCGAGGAAGCCGAAAGCACCCUCAUCAACUUCGUACAUGAUCUCCGUGCUAAGUGUAGUACACUUCGUAUUGCAUUACCCAGCGUCGACGCCGAAGUUCUUCCGGAGGUGACAUUUAGCCGAACUGGUGGUUCUGGUCAGAAUGAAAUGACGUCGAAGGAGGACGCAAGUCCACAUGGAACAGCUCCAUCGUCGGAAGCAGCUUUAACGGUGCAGUCGUUAGAAGCUCUGGUCAAUGCACAGGAACUCUUUCAGCUCAGGGAACAAGUGGCUUCAUUGAAACUGACUGGAUACCUCCAAGCCAGGGAAACCCGAUUCUUUCAGUCUGAACUGACGUCUAAAGAAGCGAUGGUGGACACACUUCAAGAACAGAACGAGCUUCUUUCGAGAGAAUGCCAACGUUUGGAGCUUGCCCUUCAACGAGCAGCUUGCCACGAACCACCAGUCCACAGUGGCUGCGGGGAAGCGUUAUCGUGUCCAGUCACAGAAAAUAGGCUCCGUCGCGAGAAAUUUCUCAAAAGGCGAGUCGACAAUCUAACUGAGGUGUCCGAAAAUCUCAACAAGCAGUGCGCCGCUUAUCGUCAGUUAAUCCGGCAACUUCAACGAGACAACGUCUCACUUCUUAGACGCUACGAGCGGGUCAAGCGCAAGAAGAUGCGUCCUCAAGAAAACAUUGAAGAUGUGGUCGUCAUCAACGUCAGCGUGGACGAAGCAGAAAGUACGAAAGAGCCGCAACCAGCCAACGACAAAAUCACAGAACGUCACGAAAUCAUCCCUCGAAGUCCUGUUUGUUAAGACGAACUUUUCCGUCCUGCCCGUUUUUAUGGUUUUGUGGCACUUGGUUUUGUGGUUGUUGGCAGAGCAAGUAUAAAGAACACGAGCGCAAAUGUUUAUGAAAGAUUAGAGUUUUUUUUUUUCGUCUGAUACGAUGCACAUCAUUGAAAGACCGUCCGGCCAUUUUUUUUUUAAUUUUAAGGCUCCAUCAAUGCUGCAAAGCCAGUGCUCCUCUGUAUUAUAGCUGCGCAUAAUAACGCUUCUUCGGAACCGUCCUACUGAUUAUAUACUGUUCGCAAUUAUCUAUCAGUAUAUGGCUGUUCAUUAAGUACACGUCUCAGCAUCUGUCCCCGCAUUGAUCAGAUACUCCAUUUCGAAUAUACUUAAUUCAUCAGCAUCACUGCGACAUCUCUCCCGUAAAACGCAUACACUUUAUGCUGGUAGAAUGAUGAAUUCGAGCCCGAAAGCCUUUUGCGUGGCAGCUCUUAGGCAAUGUUUGUAUCGCUAAACAUCAGCGAAUCAAAUUCGCCAUUAUCUAGGAAAUUCCGUCCUUAUCUUAAUGAUCGACAGAUAACUGUUUAGUUUAUAGGACGUGUCGCUGACAGCGAUAAACUGUUGUAUAUUUGCGAUUUUAUGUGUAUUGGCAUAAUCCUACACUGCCUGCGUGAUAGAUACUGAUACUGAGACAAGCAUGUCCUAACCGAUUCGCUCAGUCAAAUGCAUUCUCGAGAGUGUUUUUUUUUCUAAACAACCAUUGCUUCGCUACCUAUAAUUCUCAAAGUGAGUGCAAUCGCCUAGACACUGUGAUAAACUGUAAAACGCCAGAAUCUUAGAGAAUCUAGAGGUGAAAUUAGUCUGACGAUAGACAACUUUCAAACUGUUCGAAUAAAUGUUUCGACCCUUACGUUCGGCUCCGCCGUUUGGCUCUACUUCACACGGUUGGCUUUCAGCACGAAGCGAAACGUGCCAACAACGGUGGGAUUCGAACCUGUGCUGUCCAUACGUGUUUCUAAUUUUACCAGGCAAACACGUUAUCUAGCAAGCUGUCACAGAGAUAAGUUUCUAACCAGAUCAUAGUUAACACACAUGUAUCCCCACGUGGAAUACUAUAAAGAGAAUGAAAAAGCAUUACAGCUCAUUUAUGUAAAAUGUCGUACUAAAAAAAGCUAAUCUAUUGCCUCUAUAUCGGAACUUAGAUCCGCAAGAUCGCAAACGAGCCGACUGUAAUCAGGAAAGCUAUGAGGAGUCAACAUAUAAUACAUACUCCACCAUGCGCAAUCUAAAUUGAUAGAGACUAACUCACUGGUUCAAUGCUGAGCACCUGAAUACUAACACGGAGUGAGAUAUGUCACCAAAGCUACUGUCAACAGUCUCUGAGGUCCAUGACAUGUUUUGAUUUUUCCCACUGACUAUAUUCAUGGCCAAUAAGUCGUUUUGUGAGAUAGUCCAUGAAUGCGACCUGAUAACUCGUUUUCGUAAUUUCCAAUGCCAGCUCAUUGAGUGGCGGCUUGAGCACGUACUUGAGCACGGUCCGUUUCUGGGCUUUGCUUUUAGAUGAAACUGCGAAAUCGGCAAGCUAUUUAUAUGAGAAGAAAAAAAAUUCUUCGUACUGCCUAACAAUAAUGAUCGCAUCAAAAGAGUAAGGAAGUAUAGUUGUCGCACGACCAAGUCAUGUUAUUCACAGCGACUACCUAACCUAAUGGCCAGCUCGUACAGCUGCAUCGAACGGACGACUAAUCCCUUAAAUACGAGCAACAAUAGGAGUUGAAUGAACUACGACAGGCGAAAUUGCAUUUAAGUGGUGGCAUCACUACAUUUCCUCUAUUGAUAAUAGAUAAUGCAUUGUUAGCUAAAAAUCUAUCACUUUCUGUUGUUUACAAUAAAACACCGUAGCAAUAAAUCUCAGUACAGUAGCUAAUUACAGCCGUGUGAUUUGCCAUCGAGGUGGCUGCGUGCAGCGCACUCUAACGCGACUUUCAUAAAAAAAACACUGAAGUGCAAAAAAUGCCGAUAGUGCUGCUCGACGUACUUCUACAACAUUCGUAUUAUAUAGAGGCGAUCUGUUAACAAGCCUCUCUACCAGAAAAUGGAGAGGGAACAAAGAGGGAAAGCGCGAAUUUAGGGACAACUAGAUCGAGCAGCUUCAAUAUGUAUCUUGCUAUAUUUUUUCUAGCUUCUCCAUGUAUGUAUAUAUAUAUAUAUAUAUAUAUAUAUAUAUAUACACUUAUAUGGAGCAUAAAUCUAUACUUCUACAUUUAAACAUCCCUAGUCUUUCUUGUUCAUUUCUGUCUCAUUCCCUGUUAUAUAUGUCACAGACGGUAUAGGUAGCAAAUAGCGACCCAAUGUUUAUAACAUUAUAAACAUUCUGACAGACGCAAAUAUGUAAGCACUUAAUUCCUAAGUAGUUAUCCAUCUCGAGUGUCUACUUAUUGCCAGACUGUUCUUAUCGCUGGAAUCUCUAGCUGAUCGGUUAAUUACAGAUUCUUGAUCAAAAUAUAUAUAAUAGGAGUAAUCUCUAUCUAAAAACGUAGGCUAGUCGUGGGUAUUAGUUGCUUAUACAAUUGACAUAACCAUGUCGAGCAAGGUCAAAUAAAUUUUGAACUAAUCACAAAUUUCUAGAUAGAAUAAGCAUAAUGUAUAGUAGAACAGCUCAAAGCAGAAAAA